GGUUCGAACCCCACACACGUUGGGAGCGGUUUAAAGUUUUACUCGCGAACUUUGUAAUAUAUUCUCUUUACGGAAUAUAAAGAUACUAGUUUAUAAGUUUGUUCUUUGUGACGGUUUUUGUUUCUAGAUUUGGUUGGUGGCGCGAACGCAAGUGAUUUAUUGGUGUGCGGUUUUGGCGGUAUUUUGGAAAAUAAUGUGGUGGAUUUUGAAGUUUUCUAUUGUUUUGCAAUGCGUACAUUCAGUUCGGAUCGUCAACAUCAGAGUUCCCGAUGUGAUCCAGUACGGCACUAAAGACUCCAUAACACUAGACUGCGAUUUUAUAACAAGCAACGUCACUGGUCUGGUGGUCAAGUGGUUUUAUAUGGACAAAACGCAGCCAGUGUACCAGUGGAUACCACCGCAGAAACCUCAGGCCUUGGGCAUUUUGAGGAACAAGGUGGACCUAUCAUUCAAAGUAUCCCACAACCCGUAUACUCAGCACCGGGCCCUUCACAUCACAUCACCAGUUCCAGAGCUGACUGGCAACUACACCUGCGUGGUGUCCACUUUCCUAGCAGAGGAUGAGAAGACUAGACCUAUGACUAUAUUUGUUCCAGAAACCAAGUUCGACAUGAUACAAGACAGACUGGAUGAAAACUAUCUCAACGUCAUUUGUUCCGUUGAAGGAGUAUUCCCUAAACCUGAGCUGGUCAUCUUAGCUGGAAAUAGGCCGCUGAACGCGAAGUCGUCGAUCAAAGUCAUCGAGGGCCGCUACACAGCCCUAACGAGUUCCGUCGUGAGGAUAGACGCUCUGCCCCCCACUGUUGAGAUCCUAUGUGACAUGCAGGUCCCACUCGCCAACUAUUAUAGCAGAAAAAGGGAUAUAUUUUAUAGAGAUCCCCCGUCGCCUUCGCCCGAAACGCCUAAUUUGGUACAAGUCGCUCCAGAUUCAGGUCAUCAUAUCGUUAGUUCUUCAGUUCUCCUCAUCACAUCGAUAGUCAUCUGUUUAAUUAGGCUGCAAGCAACUUGACGGAAUUUGGAACUAUUAAAAAUAUUUACUUCUCAACUAAUUAUUGGAUGUAUCUAAUAAGAAUGCAUCUUAACGCAAAGGAAAUGUUUGUACAGAACUGGAGAUAAUAUUCUUUAUACAUAGAUAUAUGAUAAAAUCAAGGUUUGAACCAAAAUGUGUUUCCCAAAGCUUAUCCUAAUUUUUUAUAGAUCGGACAAGAGCUAGUUUUAAUUCAAAUAGUAAUUUUUCGAUUUGGAUUUAUUCCAUAGUGUACAUUGUAAUAUAUUUUUUGUAUCUAAUUUUUUACAUUAUAUAUUUUGUUAAAAUACUAGAAUUAAAUAUAAUAUUGCUUCAAUACAAAGAAAAUAAUAGUUGUGUUAAAAGUAUGUAAUUUUUAUAUAAAUAGGAAAAUAAGUAAAACUUAUCGAUCACUUAUGGUUGUAAAUAAUUAUCAAUAAGUAGGUAUAUUAUCUAUUUAUAGCAAAUGUUUUAAACAUUCCAAAGAUAAGUUUUAUCUAGUCUUUAAAUAAAUGAAUAAACAAUA